AUGUCGAAAACCGUGAACUUCGCUGGGCUUUCAAGCCAGGAUAUAACCGCCUUCGUUCGUCCAUUGUCAGUAGCCGACGUACCGAGCUGUGUCGAGGUCGAGAGCGCCUUUCCAGAGCCUGAACGAUGCUCCAGGGAAAAGUUUAUAUAUCGCCUCACAGUAUGCCCGGAGCCCUGUCUUGGGUUGUUCAUCGAGAAGCGCGGGAAUCCAGAAACGGAAACCCCCCAACUCAUAGCGCACGUAAUCGGGAACAGGGUAUCCGCAAACCGAGUCACUGAUAGUUCUAUGAACAUGCCAGAGAAAUGGCAAGAGCGCAACAAAGUUACCCUUGAUUCAAACGGCGGCAUCAUUGGCAACGACUCAGCGGGCCGCUUCAUCGGUGUGCACUCGGUAGCGGUCCGGACGGAGUACCAGGGCAAGGGACUAGGCAGGGAUUUGCUCAAGGAGUAUGCUAAAUACGUGCGGGAGUCUAUCAAACCGGCGGAUAGUAUUGUGCUCAUUGCCCAUGGUCAUCUGCUUCGGUUUUAUGAAAGCGUUGGGUUCAAGAAUCUGGGGCCGAGUCCGUGUGAAUUUGCUGGUGGGGGGUGGUAUGAUAUGGAAUUGGUUGUCUAG